AUGACUGAAUCAACAGCAACGCCAAUUGAAGGAUGGUCAAAGGAGGAGAAAUUUAACUUAUUGCGCGCUAUAAGAGAAUUCGGUUCUCAGGACAUUGAAAAGAUACAAGGUUUUAUGUUUAGCAAAAGUUGUGAAGAAAUAUCUGGAGCUAUAGAAUAUUACAGAUCCAAAGCUUUUCAAAAUCCUAACGUCAAAAAAAAAAGAGAGAAGCGGAAGUUAAAUACUUCUACUACACCCUUAGGGCGUUGGGCUUCAGCUCUAAUGGAUAAUAAGGGUUAUGAAGAAUUAAGAACGGACAUAUCAACUGCUCUUAGGUUGGUGGCUGAGUUUGAAGAAAGGUCUCCAAAAACUUGCACAGAGCAGUAUAAUUUUGGAGCAGUAUACCAAGCAUUGGCAAAUGCUUUAGAUGGGAGAGUAUUGUCUGAUGACCAAAAAGUAAAUGCUUUGAUAGAGAAAUGUUUAAUUGAUACAGCCGUUUUUAGCAAAGCAUUUAAAACAACUGGUUUUGUCAAGGAUGUGAUUAAGGAUAUAAAUUUGACUGAAUGUAUAGAAGAUAUAGUGGUUCUAAAGGCAAGUGAUGACAGUGACCUUGCAAACAUAAGACAUAUAAUUAGUCACAAAGCAUAUAAUCCUUUGAAUAUAUCUAUAAAUGAUCUUCAGUGUGGUAAAAAAUAA